AUGUUUAAAAAUACACCCAUAGCAUAUAUAAAGAUGCAAAAUAAACACACAAACAUAAUGAGUACUUACACUAAAGAAGACUGCAAGAAAUACAACGACAUCAUUCCAGAAAAAUUCACGAUUCUUGGUGAAAAGUCCUUUUCCGAAUGCAAACUCAAGAAUGUAGUAAUUCCUUCCAACAUUACAAAACUUGAUGAAAGUUGCUUUUUGAACAACAUGACAAUAGAAUCCGUCAAACUUCCAGAUACUAUAGUUGAAAUGUCCGAGUCAUCAUUUUCUGGGUGUGUUUCAUUGACUUCGAUCAAUAUACCAAGCAAAAUUACUUUAUUAAACGAAUAUGUUUUCAAUAAAGCUAAUUUUUCUGCAUUUACUAUUCCCGACACUGUCAAAGUUAUAAUGUAUAAAGCAUUUAAUGAAUGUACAAACUUAACAAGUUUGGUCUUAAGUAGCAAUUUAGAAACACUUGGAUCAUAUUCGUUGGCAGAUUGCACUUCUUUGAAAUCAAUAACACUACCUCAAUCUCUUAAGAAUAUUGAAGAUAAAGCUUUUAUUGCCAACAAAAAUUUACUUUCAAUUGUUAUCCCCAAAAAUGUCACUUCUGUUGGUGAUGGCAUCUUUCUUUGUUGCAGUUCACUUAGAAGUGUUACGAUAUUAAACUCGUGUUUGGGCAAAAACAUGUUUGUAGAAUGUGAAAACAUUCAAAAUGUUGUGUUAAAUGAUGAUAUUAUCGAAUUAGCAAAUGAAGCUUUUAGAAAUUGCAAAAUAAGCCAAAUUGUUUUACCAAAACACUUGAAAUCAAUUGGAUACUCGUGUUUUUGUGGAUGCAAAUCACUUAAAACAAUCGAAUUGCCAACUUCACUUUCGGUGAUUAUUGGUGCUGCGUUUAGUGAGUGUGGUUUAAUUGAAGUGACAUUACCAAAAAUCGAUAAAAUAGAAUCCAAUUGUUUUUCUGAAUGCUAUAAUCUCACCAAAAUAGUUAUCCCCGACUCUGUGACAGAAAUUGGAACCGAAGCUUUCGCUGAAUGCAAAACACUUGCAUCUAUUAAUAUACCAAAUAAUGUUGAAAAAAUGGGAGAAGGCUGUUUUUAUGGGUGCAAAGUAUUGACUAAGAUAGUAAUUCCCAACAAAAUGAAAAUAAUUGGUGAAUAUUCUCUUGCAAAAUGUAAAGGAAUUAUUGAAGUUGAAAUACCUGAAGGUGUUGAAAUUAUUGAUAAUUUUGCUAUUGCUGAUAACAAGAAAAUAAAAACAAUUACAUUACCCAAGACUAUCAAAGAAAUUGGUGAAUCCGCAUUUGCUGGCUGUGUUUCUCUUCAAGAAAUCUUUGGGAUGGAAAACGUCAAGAAGUUUGGAGUUGGUUGUUUCUAUAAAACCAAAGUCUCUGCAAAUAACGUUCCUUCAACUGCAUUUGAUAAGUCUAAACAUUAUAGAGAGGAUUAA